UUCAAGGAUGAAGAUUCCCACCAAACUAUCUCUAUCUUUACUGUCCAUAACAGUUCUGUGGGGAGGAUGGCUUCACUGCCCUGCGGAUGGAAACAAAGAUUUUGGCUGCCGAAGUCUUAGGUUUAAGAGAUCAGAAGGAGAACGUGCUCCUCAACGUUACGUAUUUAAAGAAAUUUACUUGCCAAUGGGGAAGGAGCUCAUGACUCAUGACUGUAGAUAUGAGUGCCUCAUGGAGAGCAAUUGUUUGUCUGUGAACAUCGGCCCACCAAACGAGACAGGCUUCAGGCUCUGCCAACUGAGUAAUUUUGACCACGCCCAACAUCGUGAAGAUAAAGAAAUAAAAAAAGGUUUUAUUCUCUGGGCCUCUGAGAAUUCGUGCACCAGUAAUCCCUGCCUCCAUAAUUCCACCUGUCUCAAUGGAUAUACCGACAAGAGAUACAUUUGUCUGUGUCCAGAUGGUUACACGGGAGAAAACUGUGAAAAAGAUAGAAACGAGUGUAUUGACAACUCUCAUGACUGUCAUGCCAAAGCUGUUUGUAAUAAUACCGAGGGAUCAUUUACGUGUAACUGUACAGAAGGUUAUCAGGGGAACGGUCGGAAUUGCACAGAUGUGGACGAGUGUACCAGCCACAUCCAUGGCUGUCACUAUAAUGCAAGUUGCAAUAACACAGACGGCUCUUACACAUGCAAAUGCAAAACGGGAUUCAAUUGCA